ACUACCGUAGAACUAAACAAGUUAUCAGCCAAAAUAGGGGACUUUUUUGGCAAAAUGGCAACGAAUUUCAGCGCCAAUCAGUACGAAAAUGCAUUUGCUGGGAAACGACUUCAAAACUGGGAGAUUCCAGCGACGUUUAAAGAGCGACCAUCCCAUCUUGAAGGUUAUACAGAACCUAUCGCUGACAACAGAGGACAUCUGCUAGGAGGUGUGCAACGGUCGCAAAAAUGUCCAUGGGGUGGGUUUCUUGGCACCUGGGAUUCCCAUGAUGGCAAGGCUAAACCUAAACUAUCUGCAGUUGCAAAUGGAAAAUCAAAGUUUGCCACUGCAGAUGCUGAAAUUUUGACAAUAAAUUCACCACCACCAAAAAGUGCAAGCAAGCAAAAUGCAGAGAAACCAUUAUCACCAAUUCCACAACAAUUUGAUGAAAGGGACAUCGGAAUUUCAAAACACAUUAAUGCUGUCAAGAAAAUUGAAUCACAGGAAGCUGGCAAGAAUCAUAGCCCUUCACCACCACCAAGAACAGCUGAACGCACUCCAAGUCCGGCAGGAAGCAAGGCUGAUGCCAAAGAUGUUUCCAUUGAACCAGAGUAACUUUGUUUUUUCAGAAAUAAUUCUAGUUGAAUAUAUAUUUGUAAUUUGUGUUGCCCAUGUCUAAUCAUGGAUGCACCAGUUUUUAUUGAAUGGAUAACAGGGUAACACAGUAUAUUUGAUGUAAAUAAUUUAAGUACUCAUAUUUAAU